AAUUUUGACAGCCGUUUUUCACCGCGAUGCGUUUGUUUGGUAACAAAUUAGGUUGUAUUUUGUUAUUAAAAGCAGUAAAUUGAUUAAUUCAUCCCUAUUUCAACUCCACGCCCAUUAUACUAUCGCAUCUCAAAGGGCAAUACACCGUCCCAGCCCAUACCGAGCCGCCCGUUGUGGCGAAGAAAACAGCUGUCCGUGAAACAACAUGGAAAACAUUGAGCCGUGCUCGUUGGCCCACCAUUAUCGUCAUUUGCGUUGUGUCCGCGCGGGCGGAAACAUGUCGCAGUUUUCCUACGAACCGAACUGAGCCACAUCAAACGUGUUUCUUCUCCCAAACACCCACCAGCUACUAACAGUACCCAAGUCCACGCAAACACACUUGUGUGCUCAUUUUGCUGUGUGUUUUCAUAUAUUCCGGCGGGCGACUACUGGUGUAACUGUGCGUGCAUCGCAAGUGUAAAGUUGAAUGUGUGCUGCUGUCGAAAUCGGAAUUGAAAUUGUGUCACGCACAAAGGCCAACGCACGAUGGCCAGUGGACAGUAUGUGCUUAUCAUUAACCUGAGAAAAAGCUUUCUGAUAGAAAGUUGUUAAAGGGAUUUUCAUUCCCGCGCGUUGUGUUCCGGUGCUGAAAAAGUUUCCGUUUCCUCGGUGUAUGUGUGUUUACAUAAGUUUUUCCUGUUUGUCCUCAUUUCGAAACGUCCUUCUUUCGCUGCUCGCACCUAUCGCUGUAACGAGUAUAGCUGCGAAUGGUUAUUUGGAGGCUUAUUUUCCAGUAUAGAUCAUUAAUCGGUUAAGUUAACCAGCACCAUCAUCGCCAGCAGCGUGAAAGGGCUGCGAAAGGUUGCUGACCUAGUACUGCGAGCGCCACCAGCCAGUCUGCAUGAUAAAGCGAUCACCGUUGCAAUAGAAAAUUAUGUAAUGCAGUGUUAAUGCAACGCGACUACGCACUUUCUACUACGAUUCCACCACCACUACUACUACUACAAGCGCCACCAUACAUACGCACCACAAGCACACAGCCAUCACAUUCUCCAUGGCAACGUAACAGCCGGCACCUUUGGUAUGCUAGUAGCAAAAAACUGCUUUUUGCCCAUUUGGUUUCCAUCCCAUGGCUGUUUGGCGCAGCGCUGAAAAACGUAAACAAAAAGCAUCAACCAGCGGUACCCGCGUGUCCCAGCAUCCCCGUUCUGUCCUGUUGUGAAGAAGGACCGGAUAAAAUAGAAGAUGACGAGUGGGAGCAGAUGAUUCUUGGCGUCGUAAAAAAAUGACCAAAGAAAAGGGCCUAGGAUAACGCUCGGAGCAACUGGAUUUGGAAACUGUUUCAAAUAUCGAAGUGACGGAUAAAAGCCCUUUUGUUCAUUCUGUCCGUUCCCGAUCGAUCCUUGGUAUCCCUGGCCGUCCCCGUACCUAAUGCACCUGUGGAAGAGAUUUACGUACAGUCCCCGGAUCCAUUUUAACGACUGCACUGAAGCAGUCCCGGCUGCACUAGCGAGCCUUUCCCAACGGCCACCGUUUCCGGCGAGGCGACAACACCCGGCGACGACACCAUGCAGCAAACGGCAGCCACCGGCCGGACGGAGAUGCGUCCGGUCAAGUAUCACUAUGCCGACACGUUCUGGUGCACCUAUUUAGUGUCGGUGUUUGCGGCCAGCAUCGCCGAAACGGUUACCUACCCGCUGGAUCUGACCAAAACGCGCCUCCAGAUACAGGGCGAAGCGGCCGCAGUUGAUGCGGAAGGUGCUGUCAAGAAGCUCAAAUACCGUGGAAUGUUCGCCACCGCGACCGGUAUCAUCCGCGAGGAAGGUGCUCUAAAGCUGUGGCAAGGAAUUACGCCCGCCCUAUACCGGCAUCUAGUGUACAGUGGAGUUCGCAUCGUAACGUACGACGCACUGCGCAAAAAGUUGCGCAACGGCAAGGACCACUUUUCCCUGUGGCAAUCCGCGCUGUCCGGUGUCGGUGCCGGGGCACUUGCCCAGUGGCUCGCGUCGCCCGCCGAUCUCGUCAAGGUACACAUCCAGAUGGAGGGUAAACGGCGUCUGCUCGGGCUGGAGCCACGCGUCCACAGUGCGGCACACGCGUUCCGUGAAAUAGUGGCCCGUGGUGGUGUGUUUGGGUUGUGGAAAGGCAGCGUGCCGAAUGUGCAGCGUGCGGCGCUCGUUAAUCUGGGCGAUCUGACCACGUACGAUACGGUGAAGCACUUCAUUAUGCACAAAACGGGUCUGCCCGAUUGCCAUCUGGUGCACAUCAUGUCGUCGAUUUGUGCGGGGCUGGUGGCGGCCACCAUGGGCACACCGGCGGACGUGGUAAAGACGCGCAUUAUGAACCAACCGACAGAUGCUACCGGCAGAGGACUGUUGUACAAGGGUUCGAUCGAUUGCUUGCAGCAAACAAUCGGCAAGGAAGGAUUUUUCGCACUGUACAAAGGUUUCCUGCCCGUCUGGAUACGGAUGGCACCGUGGUCACUGACGUUUUGGCUUUCGUUUGAGCAGAUUCGGGCCAGCCUUGGUGCUAGCGGAUAUUAGAAAUUCCUUUCAACAAGCACAAAGUCACACUGGAGUCAGUUUGCUAGUUCAUUUCUCGCGAUCCAGUCUCUAUCGUUCGCCUGUGCCAUUUUCCGUUUACUCCGUUGUUUUCAACGUGUUCGGCCAAGCGGCAGCAGCAGCAGCAGGCCAGUCCGUUUUAUCCAGUGUAAAUAUUAUUACCAAAAAAAAAAGGCGUCUCAUAUCAUGCAGCUCUCCUCCCUUUGGCUGGCGAGGCUUUUGGCGCUACGAGCGAAUGUUUGUUUGUUCAGUGGUUCUCUUAUUUAAAAACUGUGAUUUAGAGUAGUUCGGUAGUAACGCAAAAUGCCUUAGGAGAUGUGGGCACAUCCAGCGCGCAUGUGCCCGUGUUAUGUAGAUGUAGUUCGCGCACGCGGACGCGGAAAUUAAACAGCUUGGUCCCAAUUAGUGCUAAUGUUUAAUUGUGUUUUGGAUUGAAGUAUUAGUUUUCCGCGUCGACCUCGUUCUUCAACAAGACGGUUUGAGGUGUCCCAACCCUCCCCAUUUUGUCCUGCAUCUACAUGCUCAGGGAGUCCAUUUGAAGUUUGGAACGGAAAACUCAACAACCAUUCUCCUGUUGUCCUUGAACUCCUGCCCUGAAUGUUCCUUAGUGCCACCCCACCUAGUGCGCGGGGAUCGUGUAUUAUCCUUAAAGCCGUACAAGAAAGCUCCCUCUCACAACCAACCGACGACAAUACCAAAUUUUUGUACGAUAAGAAUAUACGACACACGUGUUAGGACACGCGGACCGUGGCACAAACGCUGUAAAUCCCUUGCAACGGGCGUUACUGGUAGUAUCAACGGCAAUAUCAACGAGUCGAUCAAACAAUUGGCGGCCACCGUGAUUUUUGCUCUCCAAUGAUACGAUAAACGAACAGGAAAUCAGUCUAUAAUACCUAUCACUAUCAACACACAUAUUAGCCACAAACACACACACACAAACAAAAGCAAACAUAUACAUAUAUGAAUAACUAGCCGCGAUACUGAAUCUUCUCGAAACUAUUGUAAAUUGUACAUAACUAGGGUAGGUUAGCGCAAGGGAAACGGUACAGUGUAACAUUACUUUUAGCCAACCAAACACUAUUAGUGCGCAGGUGAUAGGGGGUUUGAGCGUUUUGAAAUGUUACGUCUAGAGAAGUAAAAUCUUACGAUGAAUAAACGAAAAAAUGUAAGAAAAUGA